AUGCCCGAGGCCGGGGUGCAGACGGCCUGCGCUGGCGCUCCAGGCAGCAUGGCGUUCCCGGAGGGUGCCGGCGGCAAGGCGGAGCUGCUGCCGCUGCCCAGGUUCCUCAUGGACCAGGGCCCCUGCCGAGAGGCCUCGAAGCCGGCGCAGGCCGGCGGCCCCCCGCUGCGCAGCUGCCCCGCGGAGCAGCGCAGGGCCGGCGGGGGCGGCUCCGCGCGCCAGGUGCGUGAUGAGCCCGCAGGGCUCCGCGCGUCGCCUCGCGCUUCAGGAGGUCUUGGGCUGGCCGACGUGUGUGUUUGCGUGCCGCCCGCGGGGGUGUGGGACGGAGCUGCCACGGUCGUGGCCAGGAGCCCUCCGAGCCAGUGCCGCCGGGAGGAGAUCCUCGAGGCCGUGGCCCAGCUCGGCCUCGCCAGCUGGCGCAUUCUCCUCGACCUGCCGCGGGAUGGUGCGGCAGACCCUCAUGAGUUGCCGCAGGUGGCGGGGAAGGUGCUCAAGGAUGGGGGCGCGCUCCCCGCCAGCAGCGAGCGCGCAGCGCCUGGCCCGAGCCGCUCGCCGCUCGCCUCGGAGCUCCGCGCCGCGGCGGCUGUGCCGGCGCCGCUGCCUGCCGCGCCGCCCGGGACCUGGCGGUCGUCGGCUGCGCGGCGGCCGCCGGCGUGCGCCUGGCACCGUCCUCGCGCAGGGGGCAGGACAGCCGCCGCAGUGCGCACCUGCACGGGCGGGGAGCUGCAGCAGGUCGCCGCGGUCUCCGAGGCGGCGGCCGCCGCGGGCACGGACGUGCAGCAGGGCGACGAGGGCUCGGGGUCCAAGGUCGCCGCAGGCUUCGAGGCGGCGGCCGCCGCGGGCACGGAGGUGCGGCAGGGCGACGAGGGCACGGGGCCCGAGAGCGCCGCGGGCGAGGGCGCCCGGGCGCCCGCGGGCGGCCUCGAGGAAGCGGGCGCGGGGGCGCUCGUCCAGCGGCCUCGCGUCCGCUGGCGCGACCGCCGCCACCGCAACCGCCCGGCGGACCCCCUCUGGAGCGCGCCCGACGGCGCAGGGAGCGGGUGCGCGCCGGUGGCCGGCGGGCCGAGCGGGACGGCGCAGCGGCGGCGGGCCGACCUGGGCGCCAGGCAGCACGGGCCCGUCGUGGAGGGCCUCGAGGAGGAGGAGGAGGAGGCGAGGCUCCGCGAGAUCGGCGGCACGGGCGGUGGCGGAGCGGGCACGUCGUCGUCGUCCUCUUUCCGAGCCUGUGAACAGCGCGUUUGA